AAAACCGAUACAUCGGUCGACCUCUAAAUUGUAUUUAUCGAUAAAAUGGCCCAGCCCUACUGUCGUCAGCAGCUGUUGUAAAUGUUGGCUAGUUGUAAAGAGAUGCUCUGUUUUCUCUCUGCACAGAUUCCAGCAGCCAUCCAGCAUAUCUGAGCAAAGGCAGCAUGGAGAACGGAGCGCAUGGAGCAGCUCAGGCCAACGGUCUGGAUGGCCACAAACCGAGCGGUCAAGCAGCGUUCAGCGGCGUUCAGACACAAGCGCUGCUCCAGCAGCUGUUGCAGACGCAGACGCAGCUCCUGGCCGCAGGUCAACAGAACAGCACCACUGGAGCCAGUAUCUCCGCCUCCGCGGCCACGCCCAUCACACUGUCCCAGCCCAUUCAGAUCGCGUCUCCGCAGGGCUUGAACCUGCAGCAGUUCGUCCUGGUCCAGCCGGGUCACUCCCUCAGUCCUCAGUUUCAGCCGCAGUUCAUCAUAUCUCCGUCUCCUCAGGGUCAGACCGGUCUCCUGCAAGCUCAGAGUCUCCUGACGCAUCUACCUCAAAGCCCCGCGCAGAGCAGCUUCGCCCUCACCGCGCAGGCGGCCACACCGACGCGGAAGAUCGCGGCUAUGCCGGCUCCAGCGGCCGCUCCGAAGCGCAUCGACACUCUGUGUGCGGAGGAGGCCAGCGACCUCGAGGAGCUCGAGCUGUUCGCCAAGAGCUUCAAGCAGAGACGCAUCAAGCUGGGCUUCACUCAGGGUGAUGUGGGGCUGGCGAUGGGGAAACUCUACGGAAACGACUUCAGUCAGACCACCAUCUCCAGAUUCGAGGCCUUGAACCUGAGCUUCAAGAACAUGUGCAAACUCAAACCUCUGCUGGAGAAAUGGCUGAACGACGCAGAGCACAUGUCUGCGGACUGCGUGGUGUCGAGUGCGAGCGAGAUGUCUCCGGGUCUCUGUGAGAGUCUGAACCGCCGGCGCAAGAAGCGCACCAGCAUCGAGACCAGCAUCCGUCUGGCCUUAGAGAAGAGCUUCCUGGAGCAGAGUCCGAAGCCGUCGUCGGAGGAGAUCACACUGAUUGCGGAUCAGCUGCACAUGGAGAAGGAGGUGGUGCGCGUCUGGUUCUGUAACCGCAGACAGAAGGAGAAGCGGAUCAAUCCUCCCAGCAGCGGCGGCUCGCCCGGAUCGGCCCUCAGAACCAUCUACAGCAGCGCCUCGGCCGCGGUGCGUCGCUCCAGAUCAGAUCAGAUCAGACUAACUCUUAGAAAACCACAUCACUGUCUGGAUCAGGGCCUCAGGUAUCGUAUCGAAGUCAAACUUAACGAGGUGUUAACGAGCUGGUUCUUGUGUUUGUGCAGCGGGGCGCUGCUGAGUUUGGCUCCUGCGCUGAUGAACAACAACCUGCUAGCCACCAUCCAGGCUCUGGCGUCUGGCGGCGCUCUUCCUCUGACCUCCAUCGACGGAAACCUACUAUUCGCCAACACUAGCGCGGGAAACCCCGCCCCCAGCCUGGUGACCACGCCCUUCUUCCUCAACCCGUCCAGCUUCUCUCUGCUGCCGGCCAAUCUGCUGUCGGUGGGAGGGGCCGGAGGCGGAGCUCUCAACCUGCAGCUGAACAGUGACGUCGCCACGACGACCAAGAGUGUGGGCGUGGCCUCGAAGGCGCAGUGAGCGUGUGGCUCCGCCCCAAUUCUGUGCUAUCACCAAAAACUCUUGCGAACAAUCGUCAAGCUCAAGGAGGAUGGAACUUAAUCAGUUGCUUAAACUAACGUCUAAAUUAACCAAAAAUGUGACUCUUUCAGAUUCUUGACGAGAGAUUGUUUCGCGUAACAGAGUUUCUAUUGACUUUCUACGAGGCUUUCUGUUGUUUAUAUUCGCGGUUCUGUGGAACGAGCCGAUUGUAGGUGAUUUCUAACCAAAAGCAUUUCAGAUUUUUUUCGUUGCGUUGGGUGGAGGUUCUUUCAGAAGACUUUUUAAACUAGUACUCUAACUCGACAUCACUUUAUCAAUACGGUUAGAAGGCUUUAAACGAGUACUAACGGGUGCCGGCGAGAGAUGCAAGCCAAUUCUGAGUGAACUGAUUCUGAAUCGAGUUCGUUCAACUGAAUUGAUUUAACCUUUGUGAUUCGCUCACAUCUGUCUGUCCUAUCAGAUGUGUUCCUGGCGAUCUGACGGAGCAGGGGUCAGAGGUCAGGAAUCCUCCAGCACUGAUGCUCAAGGAUCUUCAUCUGAAGACUCUGCUCAUACUACUGUGUAUAGACACGCUUCAGCGUCGUUUCUGUUUCUUUGCCAAAGCAAACGUCUUUUUUUAACUCCUUUCACUGAUGGCGUCUCGUUGUUUUUAUAUGAAAAUAUCAGCAGUUUCUGUUCUUUGCUCUGCUGUCAUCUCUCGCUGUAUGGUUUAUUAUAUUGCGUUUAUCAGUGAUUGCGUGUGAGCAGCUUCAGGUUCAUCUUUAUUAUUUUCUGCAG